AUGGGUGGUAAAUUCUGGAGUCCAGAAGAACAGGAAUAUUUCAUUCACGAAGUCAUGUCCAAGUCCCGCUUCAACGGUAAAGAUGGCGCAUAUAACCCCAACAAAGGCAUGUCAUGGACGGAACUCGCGGACAUGAUGCAACAUGACAUGGAUGAAAGAAAACUUGCUCGUAGACAAUAUACUGGAAAUAUGUUGUAUGAGCACUGGUACCAAACUGUCAAGAAGGAUUGGGGUGAAGAUCGCGUUAGGAUACUGGCGGCAAGUGCGAAAGCUGCUCGGCAUGGUGCUGAUCGACAACCAAGAUCAAAUCGAGUCAAGAAAGCUAAGAAGAGGGUUGAUACGAUGUCACCUUUACCAGUUGCUGCAAAGCAGUCUAAUCAACGUACAAUAAGCCCCAAAGAACAGCGAAAAGAAGUUGUUUCACGCCGAAAUAGCACGGAAUCAUCAGAUUCCACUUCAAACCAUUCUCUCAUGACCUGCUAUCCCGCUCCUGAGAGUUAUUCCACACUAAUUGAAGGUUCGAGCAUGGCUCACAGACGAUUCCCUGAUCCUCCAAUAAACUCCGGUUCAUCAACAAAUCGCCACUUUCACCCAUACAGGGCUCCAGAUGCAUACCGCCAAUCCCACACUAGAGAUCCGGCAACAUAUCACCACCAACGGUACCCUGAACAUCCUGAAGCUCAAACCCCUCUUCAGACCCGUGACCCAGAAAUUCACAUGAGAAUCACUUCUACAACCCCAUCAAAAGCUCCCCACCAACCGCUAAAUCUCCAACAACGCCUGCCUAUCAUGAUCCGCGAUCCCACUCCCGACGGUGACGAAAAUAGUCUUUUCGUCGAGCAAGAUUAUUCCGAAUAUAACCGCAGAACCUCUGUUCCGCGUCCGAAUACCGAGUUGGAUGCCGCGGUCACCAUGACCAUGUUUCAUCGUCAGGAGAUGCAUACUUUGCAUGGAACUCCUGCUAGGAGAUUUGAUCAUUUAGAUGGCCGUCGUACUUUCCAGCAGGUUCGUCCUGAUGCUCAUGCUUAUCAACGGUAUAUUGGGGAUACUACUCCAGAAGUCCGCCUUGCAGCUUCAAUUCCUCGUGCUGAUACGGUUCGCCGGAGCCAGAAGCAGGGUCGGUCAGGCCAGUUGGAAAAGAGCAACGAAGAUGAUGAGAAUGAUGGGAAUGGGAAUGAGUAG